UGUCUUGUUUGUGGCGACAGAUCAUCAGGGGUUCAUUAUGGAGUACUGGCUUGUGAGGGCUGCAAGGGUUUUUUCAGAAGAGCACUGCAAGAUAUUGGUGACCCAACAAGAAAGAAAUGCUAUUAUAACAGAAACUGUGACAUCAAUACUGUCACAAGAAACAGGUGUCAGUAUUGUAGAUUGAAAAAAUGUCUUGCACUUGGCAUGGCAAGG